GCCACGCCCGGAGGCUGUAACGAAUAGAUUGAAAGAGACAUCAAUGCAGACCGGUACGACAAACGCUGACGACUUGUGGGACCUUUGGAUCGCUCAUGCGCAAGUUCGACAUCCUCGACGCAGCCGUGCACGAAUGACAGUAUUGAGUAUUGCAUACGUAAUCCACCCUCAUACUUUCUGGAGUGUGACCACGACCUCACCGUCUUUCACAAGUCUUCGGGACACCUACGCAAGGGGUGCGGCUGUUAGGGUCCGCCCUAGCGACGCCCAUCGCUUGGAGCAUUUCACGAAAUGAUGGAAGCGGGCCAUGUCUCUGGGCUGAGAGCAUUAGUACAGCAAUAUAUCAUCUUCAAGCGGGCUGCGGACGGUGAUGGUGGAGGAAGCGUGCACCUUAGCAUCACCCGGACGCCCAGUCAUCGAGUUACGCGCCAAGGCCCACCCUCCUAUGGAUGUACACCGAAUCCCCAAUCAUUGCACAAGAUCUGUACCUCGUAUUAGCGCGGAUGAUACUUCCACUAAGGGUACUCGGUCAGACAGACUCACGUGAUUGUAUGGACUUCGUGUUCUGGCAGACUGCUCGAGCAGGUCACGCGCCGGCACGUGAAGUUCUCCUCCAGCCAUGUCCGCAUCUCCUAGUUGAAGGUCACGAACGAAACUUUCCACACGUGGGCUGGUCACGGCAAAUUCACCUCUAUGCGCACAUCACUGUCCUGGGCUGCGUCGUAUGAUCAAAAACCAGCGUUGAUGAGGCUCAGGAGUAUUGCAGGAGUUAUGGUUUCUGACGAGAGCGUGUUUGUCGGAAAGACC